AUGUCCGAUCUUGAAGAGAAUUGUAUGGUGUUGGAAGACACACUUAAAGCAAACAACAAGAAUUUCGUAUGCCCCCUGUGUCUGAUCGGAUGGUCGCGAGCCGAUAAGGUUUUCAAACACUGCCGGGACAAUGGAGCUCAGAAAGAAGACAUGAGUUUCGAGGAAAAGUGGAAGUCUGAGAUUCACAAGGAUCUUGGAGCUAUAACUCAAACUGGAGAUUUUCGCAAGUUCCGGGAGAGCUUGAAUACUGCUUGUGGACACGAAAUUCCAGUCCAAGAACUACCGGUAGAUUGGAAUAAAUCUGGUCGUCGAUCGUACGGUUCCUGCCUUGCAACAGAGUUCAUUGUCAAAUAUAUGGCCCCUUCGAUUGCGGAAAAGUACGAAGUUCUCAGCACCCUGGUCGACAAUUCCAAACUGGUCGUCAUCGGUCAACAAUAUUAA